AUGUUCGAGGCUAAGCUUGCUAACGCUGCUCUUCUCAAGAGAAUUGUUGAGUCUGUCAAGGAUCUCGUCACUGAUGCUCCUUUCGACUGCUCUGAAUCCGCCAUGUGUCUCCAGGCUAUGGACUCUUCCCAUGUUGCUCUUGUCUCCUUGAAAAUGGAGGUUGGUCUUUUUGAGACUUAUAGAUGCGAUCGCACGAUUAACUUGGGAAUUUCACUCAACAAUUUGCUUAAAGCUCUUCGAUGUGCUAACAACGAUGAUACUUGCAUGAUCAAAUACGAAGAGACUGAUGGAGACAGCAUCACGCUCUGUUUCUCUGACCCAAAGAGAGAUAAGACUCAGGAAGUUACCGUAAAAAUGAUGGACAUUGAUUGUGAGCACUUGGGAAUUCCUGAUCAGGAAUACUCUGUUGUCUGCGAAAUGCCAUCAGCUGAAUUCCAGAAAACUUGUAAGGAUUUGGCUAUGUUCACUGAUUCCAUGAACAUCACUGCUACUAAGGCUGGAAUUACUUUCACUGGUAAGGGAGAUUCUGGACAGAACGUUGUUACUUACGCCCCAACUGGAGAUGCUGAUAAUGAGAAAGAAGCUGUCACCGUUGACGUCAGAGAGCCAGUCAAUGUUAACUUCUCUAUUAAAUAUAUGACCCAGUUCACCAAGGCUUCUUCUCUUUCUGACAGAGUUCGAAUCUCCUUGUGCAAUGAAGUUCCAGUUGUUAUUGAGUACCCUAUCGAGGAUAAUGGAUAUUUACGUUUCUACUUGGCUCCUAAGAUCGAUGAUGACGACAAUAACAUGGAUUAA